GCGAACCGGAAGUGAGAUCCGUGUGUGGAGUUGCGCUUCUAUCUUACAUUGUAGUGUCGUUGAAUGUUUCCGCUGAGCAUUCUUUUCCGUGUAAUUCUUCAUACAAAAUGACUUGCAAACGCAGAAAUGGUGGACGUGCCAAGCAUGGCCGUGGCCAUGUAAAUCCAGUCCGUUGCACCAAUUGCGCUCGUUGCGUCCCCAAGGACAAGGCCAUUAAGAAGUUUGUCAUCCGCAACAUUGUUGAGGCUGCUGCUGUCAGGGACAUAACAGAGGCCAGCUUUUAUCAGUCGUAUCAGCUGCCCAAGUUAUAUGCUAAGCUUCAUUACUGUGUCUCUUGCGCCAUUCACUCCAAAGUGGUGCGGAACAGAUCCAAGGCAGAUCGUCGCAUAAGAACGCCUCCUGUCCGCAACUUCCCAAGAGAUCUGCGCCAGGGCCAACAGAACAGGAAAUAAUUUUAUCAUGUAAAGUUAAUUUCGAUAUAAAAUAAAAUGCACAAAACC